AUGGCUUCUAAUAAUACUCUUUUCUUCACAGAAUCGGUGUUUCCUAACAUUACCAACAACGCCACGGAACCUGGCAGUGGAGGUUCGUAUUCCAUACCUCCAAACAUUCAAAUCGGAGUCACCAUAUUUGCAGUAUUGAUUUUUAUCUUUGCGCUGAUCGGUAACAUUGUGGUAAUUUACAUUGUCUGCACGGUAAACCACAUGCGCAGCUCAACCAACACCCUCAUCGCCAACAUGGCCGUUGCUGAUCUGUUGAUGACCAUAGACAUACCGUACAUACUUAAAUUUUUCUACGUCCGCGAUAAAUGGUUUGGAACCUUCAUGGGCACCGUUUUAUGCAAGUUUUUUCACUCUGCUCAAGUGGGAUCUCUAAUAGCCUCCGUGUUUAGUUUAGUGGCAAUUUCUCUGGAUCGAAGUUUUGCUAUCUUGUUUCCUAUGAAGACGGUUAUGACUAGGAACGUUGUACGUUUCGCGAUCGCCAUGGUCUGGCUGGGAGCGCUGGCUUUCUCACUUCCACUCAUGGUGGCAUCUAAAACUGCACAAUUGGAAGGCACGAAUUUUUUGAGUUGCGCAGAGUUUUGGGCGCCCACGUCGGCAAACACUUUCUUCCUAGUUCUAAUUAUAGGUGGGUACAUCAUUCCACUGAUAAUCAUCGCCUUUGUCUACAGUCUAGCAGGGAUACGUCUCUGGAGUAGACAACUUCCUGGCCAUAGGAAUUUGGUCUCAAACAAAAAAGCACAGUCGUCCAGCAGGCGUGCGACAGCUAUGUUGAUAACUGUAGUUAUUGUCUUCGCCCUGUCUUGGCUACCUUUGCAAGCUUUGGAGAUGCUUCGUCAGUACAACAGGCCACUGUAUGAUUCACUUCCUAUUGAAUUUCUGUUUACCACACCGUGGUUUGGUUACGCUAACAGUGCUAUUAACCCAAUCCUCUAUGUGAUAUUCUCCGAGAAUUAUCGAAAGGAGUUCUACCGAAUACUUUGUAGAGGACCGAGUAGGAAGGACCGCAACAGGAAAGCUGUUAUUGAAGGUGUACGUGCACAAAGGGAACAGCCAAAGUGCAGUGAACGUCACUAUACAUCGACUCAUUCGAUUCAUUGUUUGCCUGCUGAUGUACCUCAGAAUUUCGACUCCCGAGAAAGUGGGUUGCCUGCCAAUAAACAGAGGACCCUUGAUUCAAUUGAACGUUCUUUGGCAGUUGACUCAGCGCCGACUUGCGAGUCCAGUAAAAGUCGUUUGGCUUCAAAUAUACCACUGACUGGCGAGCCCUCUGAGCAGCCCAGCUCCUUGGGUCUUGAUAAGCCAUUGACCCAAAAGUCUCCUGAAGUCUCAUUACCAGUUUUGGAAAUUCCAGUGAUCCAUGUGUGUCGUGGAAAUUCUCUGACUGAUAAUAAAUCAGUGACCUGUGAGUCUCUGAAAGAGUCGUUGGCUGCCAAUUUACCGCUGACCGUUCCUAAGUCUCCUGUAAGCGCGUUAACAGCCAACAUAUCGCCAACUUGUGAUAGCCAUCAAAGGGUAUUGACUGUGGAGGUGACGCCUUCUACUGAAUCUUGUCGAUGCUAUACAGUUACAAAUAUGCCUGUCGAUGAGGUCUGUGUAAAUAUGGAGAACAAUAAACUUUAA